AUGGCUUAUCGACUGCUUGUAUCGUCGUAUACUGACGCGAUAUACACGAUCUCGUUCAACGCGGAGGCAGGGAGCGUUGAUCUCGUUUCCACCACCCGUGUAGGACACCACCCGUCGUGGGUCACCUCGCAUCCCGAUGACGCAUCUCUAGUCUUUACCGGAUUGGAGCAGUCGGAGGGUGUUGUCCUGGCGGUCAAGUUUGACGAUAAGGGCGAGGGGAAAGUAGUCGGCCGCGUGUCCAGCGGUGGAGCGGAUCCCUGCUCCCUGUUGGCCACAAAGGAUGAGCUGUUGGUGGCAAAUUACUCCACUGGAAGCAUAACGACUAUACCGAUAUCUUCUGAACAGCCGUAUUUCCUCGCUAAAUCAUCGAAGACCGUAUCAUUUACUGGAUCAGGACCCAACGCGGACAGACAGGAAGCUCCCCAUGCUCACCAAGUGUAUCUGCAUCCAGACACCAACGAACUCCUUGUCCCCGAUCUAGGUUCCGAUAAAGUGUGGCGGUUUACCAAGGGCGACGACGGAUCCUGGUCAAUCCGCGAUCAUAUAUCAUACAAGGCUGGUGAUGGUCCUCGCCAUGUCGCGCUGUAUGAUAACUACAUAUUUACAGCCCUCGAACUUUCAAACAGUGUUGCGAAGCAUCAACUACACUCGUUGCCCCUUAGCGCAGCAUAUGUCGCCUCUGCUCCCACCCUCUCGCAUCCCACUCCAUCCCCUGACAUGCUUGUAGCCGAGAUCCUCAUUCCUCCGCCAAACGCCUCGUAUCCGACGCCAUACGUUUACGUCUCAAACCGCAACGAUCCAUCCCCAGAAGGCGAUACAAUAGCCAUAUUUACCACGGAUCUAGAGCUCGUAGCCGAAGUACGAACAGGUUUGAACCAUGUCAGGGGGAUGGUGUUCGGAGGCCCUGAUGAUAAGUGGCUGAUUGCUGGAGGGGCAAUCGGGGGAGGUAUAACCGUGUUCGAGCGCGUGGACGGCGGUAAAGGACUGAAGAAGAUUGCCAGCAAUCCGAAUGUGGACAGGCCAACUGGAUUCCUUUGGAUUUGA